AGGUUUUAAGGCACGUCGACAACAUCCUGUUGUUCGGCUGCUUCUCUCUCUUUUUCACACAUCUGGCUGAACUGGGAUCCAGGUGGCUGACUAGUGCCUAGCCGUAGAAGCUGUGGCUUCUCCCUUCUCCCUUCCUCCGCCUCGGCCUGCCCUAGAGUCCACCAGGCCAUGGAGGCGGUGACUGUGUAUCACGGCAAAAUCAGCCGAGAGACCGGGGAAAAGCUCCUGCUCGCCACCGGUCUGGACGGCAGCUAUCUGCUGAGGGACAGUGAGAGCGUCCCGGGCGUGUACUGCCUGUGUGUUCUGUAUCAAGGUUACAUUUAUACAUACCGAGUGUCCCAGACAGAAACAGGUUCUUGGAGUGCUGAGACAGCUCCUGGGGUACAUAAAAGAUUUUUCCGGAAAAUAAAAAAUCUCAUUUCAGCAUUUCAGAAGCCAGAUCAAGGCAUUGUAAUACCCCUGCAGUAUCCAGUUGAGAAGAAGCCCACUGCUAGAGGUACACAAGGUACUACAGAAUAAAAAUCCUUACAGAAGGCUGUGGAACAGCAGUCUGAAAUUGGAAGUACUAGUCAGGUCAGCUACGUGUGCGUGAGUUCCUCCAAGAAAACAAGAAUGUUGCAUCCAGUCUGUAGCCUUCUUCUUGUCCACAAGCUAUAACACACUCCAAUUUCUCCAAAAGUUUCUUUCAAUACUCGUGACUAUGCUUUUGCUUCCAUUACACUGAACUCCAGGACAAUUGCCCUUACAUGAACACACCUUUAUAAAUAUACUUUGCCCUGACUUUCAGGUGGUAUUACAGUGGGGCUUGGUCUGAUUAAAAAUAAAUUUGAAAAAAAAAAAGAGUGGAAAUCAAAUGAUGGAAUGCUUGAAACUGUAUCAAUAGUGAUGAAAAAGAAAAGCCUUAUGAACAUUAUAACUUAAUUUUAUAGCUCUCUAUGUAAUUAACUGGGAAUUCCAAAUUAUACAUUGUCAAAUUUGCAUACAUUUGGCUAUGUUAUAUAUAAUGUCUUAUAUUAUAUAUAGUCUAUAUAUUAUAGAUCUUCUAGAUAAAUUGACAGUAAAGGACGCGCUUAUUUUAUACAUUAUUUUGCUGGGUUAAAAAUAAAACAUAUGCUAUUUAUAUGGCAAGUGUUUUUGCUGAGAGUAUGAAUUCAGUUUUAUUCUCCUUUCUUUCAGGAGUCAUGCUUCUAACCAAUCAUGAUUAGAAUGACGACUAGAAAUAAAUGUAUUUAAAUGUCUGUUAAACUGUGACAUUUUCGGCUCAUUUGGGUUUCUAGACUAUAGUGCAAGAGUCAAAACAAAACAAAACAAGAAAGCACAAAUAAAAUGGGCCUAACUAGCAAAAAGAAACAACCAUGGAGACAAGUUUUCUUCACAGGAGAGUCCAACUACUGUGCUCUCACCUAACUUGCUUGAAUGGCGUCUGACUGUCCAGUGUCAGCCACCUAUGUCUUCUGGGCAUGAGAAAUUGGUAUAUUUCUCAUAUAAAAGCUUUUCCUUUCAUCAGGAAACGGCAAUGAAUGGUUCUUUCAUUAAUUUAACCUUCAGAACUACAAGUCAAUGGAGGCAGUCUUUCUACUCAGCUUAACUGGAAGCAAUGUACGCAAUAUCUCCAUGUUCUUAUUAAGAAAUGCCAAAAUGUUUCUCUUAGAUUUACUACUCAUUAACGCUAUUGUUUUUCUUUCUUCCCCAAAGCUUGGGAAGUGGUAAAGAGAACAGUAAUAGUUCAAGGCAGUAUUAAAACCACAGCUGUAAGUGAUAAAAAGUGCAUUUCCUGAACAUAAUACAAAUAAAACUUUAAGAAACUAAGGGCACAAACUAACUAAAUGUUUAUUACAAACUAGAAAUGCACAGUUCAAGGUAAUUACUAUUAAGUAAAAGCUUCAAAUAUUUGUUUCUAAUGGAUAUUUAAAGCGGUUUGAAAAUGACACAUCAGUGAAUUGCAAAAAAGUAUAAUCACUUAAAAUAUAAGCAAAAUAGACUCUAAUAUUGAUAUCCUGGAUUAGUGAUAAAAUACACCAUCACAUUUAUGAACGCACUCUCUAUAUACAGCUCAUAACUUCUUUUUCCAUUGAUUUAAAAGAACGUCAGAGGUUCUAAGAACUUAAGGUCCAUUUUUAGGCUGGUGUGGAGGUAUUCAAAUGUUCAACAAGUUUGUUAGUAAUUUAAAAAUUCCUUCCUGAAUAAAUACUGUACCAUUAACACAGGCCUGAUUCAGGAAAAACCCAAUAAUAUGAUUUAGUCUGGAUUAGCAAUUUCUUGAGCUGGUGUGCUUCCAAACAGAGAGAUGAGUUCAGCAUGAAUUCUCUGUCUCUCUCUCUCUCUUUUGGAAUGCACGUGAACCCGAAGGUUUUGAAAAUGAAAUGUUUGAAUUCAUCUUCCCUUACUCUCUGUGGGUCCUUGUGUAGGAGGAGCCAGACUCUUUAAAAACCUUAACAGGAGCCUGGAUCCUGGCUUUGCAUAUUUUCAAACAAACUGUCAUCACAAAGCAAGGCAAUGACCCCACACUGCAUUUAGAUAGUAGCUGGAAAGAAUCCAAACUGUAACAUCCCAUCAUAAAUUCUCCUUCAGACAUAGCCAAUGUCCAGACUUGGUGAUGAAAGUGCUGAAGCCAGCUCAGGGGAAUUUUCUACAGGCCGCAUUGUGCUGUCAUGUAUUUUCAUUUGUGGUAACUUAAAAUUACCCAGCAUUUUACAAACUGUCUCUUUGUCACUGGGCACAAAUCUCCCAGCUCACCAAGGGGCUUCUUUCCCUGCAGGAUUCAUAGAGUUUGAGAAACUGCAGCGGAUAUUAAUACUGAUCCUGACCUUUUUUCCCCAACUUUUAAAUUGUCACAAAACAAAAGAUCCCCUCCUGGAAAAUUGUCGGUUUUUUCCCUAGGUAGGAGAGGUGAUUAAUAAAUAAAUAAAUAAAUGGGUAAAGACAGAAAACUAAAAGAAUUAAAAAAAAUUAAACCAUAUAAAUUAAGUUAAUAAGAAAUAGUCUGCCUCUCUUGACCUGAAAUGUUUAAGAUUGGAAAAGCCAAACUAAACCCAUUGCCGUCAAGUCAAUUUCAGACUCAUAGCGACCCUAAAGAACAGAGUAGAACCGUCCCAUAGGGUAUCUAAGGAGCGGCUGAUUGGUUCGAACUGCCGACCUUUUGGUUAGCAGCUGUAGCUCUUAACCAGUGCGCCACUAGGGCUCCUUAGAUUGGAAAAGGCUCACUUAAUUAAAUUUUUCGAAUAUGGCUGGGGGAUGUUCAAUAAAGAAUGGUACAUUUGAAAGAGAAACCUAAAUGGGCUGAAACAAUGAGGCAGCGCCUACCGUGAUGUUUGGUUUGGUACUUUCCUUUCACCUUGUACUAGGCCUAUUUUUAAAGGUUUGGCUCUUAUGAAUUUCCACAGUAGUUGAUGUGUUUAUCAGCAUCCUAGGCAUGUAUGCCUGCUAAAGCCUUUUUUUUUUUUGUACCAGAGUCAUACUUCUUAGUAAAUUACCUUUCAUGUGCACAAAACCAUUGGAUUAGUGUAUAAAUACUGAAUCACUCACGUGAAACUAUGACCAAAACACACCCUAUAUAUAAAUGAGAAAUUCCUACCCGGGUUAACAAAAGUUAUGUUUACAUGACGCCAAUACAUCUGGACAAUUUGGUAAAAAAAUUUUUACCAAAACAGGUUGUGUGGGAGAGAGGUUAAAUUGACCAGCUGCUUUGGUAUCAUGUAGACACAAGCAAAUAGUGGCUAUUGGGUUUGGUUACCACACCCACAGGGAAGCGCGGUUGACAGAACCCAGCUACCACACGCCAAAACACAGCACAACAACAUGGCAUUUACUUGAACAAGCAAGGAGGAAUAAUAAGGGAGGAGGGCAAAUGGGUUCUGACUCUAGGAGAUGGUUGCUGAGGACAUUUUACACUUGUUUUUAAGUUUCCUAUAACAGAUCUGGAAAAUGUGAAAGGGCUGGCAGUCUUUGGAAAUGCAAGGUUCAGAUACUAUUGGCACCACCUUUUAAAAUAGCCUGCAAGUUCUGCCAACGGUUAAAUAUGAAACUUUGUGUCACAAUAGAUAUAGAACCUUGGGUUCUUUCUAUAUAUUUGAACAUAUGCAUGGCUCAACAAAUUUAAAGUGGUGCUUUCUGAAAAAAAUUUUUUUUUAGCCAUUUGAGUUCUACUUGUGUUAUUUUGAAUACUGCCACACAAGAACUAAAAAUCUUUGUCAUUUCUUAAAGAGGUUAAACAAACAAUAUUAAAAUACCAUCUUCCGUCACAUUGAAAGGCAGUUGGAUAUGUUUUUCCUCCAUAUUUAUAUAUACAGAGUUCUGAUCUAGAAAACCAAUACAAUAAACCAUUUUAUGUUUUAAAAACAGGCAGUCUUUGGUGACGCAAAGGCAGAGAUUUUUUUUGUUACCUCCUGCCUAUUUCGCUCUGUCUCAUAAAGUGAAUAUUGUUGGCACUGUCAGAAAGUUCUAAAUACUGCUCAACAGACAAAACAAAAUACCCAUCAUAACCUUGUACCCUCCCAGUGCUCAGAAGCUGCUGCUUUUCCCCCUCUGUCCAUGCCCGAAUACCCUCUUCCCCUUCUUGCAGCCUUCUCUGUUCCUUAGUCCAGGCCUGGGCCACCGCUCGAAGUCUGGCAAUCUCCAACACGUGGUUCUUUUCCUCUUCGACAGUUGUCCCAUACCGGAUGUUGAAGCACAGAGCUCCGUGCUGGAGCUGGAUAUCUGCAAACCGUCUAGUCCUUCCAUUCAACACAGAAGUCAUUUGGGAUACAGUGACAUUGACACCAUUCUCCAAAAUCCGCCUCCCCCCAGUGUUACCGAUCAGUACCAGGUCUUCCUCCAGAGAUCCAAGCUUAAUGAAGUAGUGAGUGUCCCUCCCCUCUAUGGUAAAAUGGAGGUUUUCCAGGUAAUGAGCAUUAUUGAGAAUAGCAGCAAGCCGCCUGCUAUCUUCAUUGGCUACUCCUAUAAUAUCGGCUGUGACUAUGCCAUCCUUGAUGGCAAAUUUGAUACCUUUUCCAAAAACAGAAGGGACAGCAGCAAACCUUGGUUGUUUUCCUCCUUCAAGGCACCGUCCAUCACUAUACUGGGGAGUCAUAGGAAGCUGGUCCAAGGAAAUGAAAUUCCUGAGCUGUUUCUGCAGCUCACACUGAAUACCCAGGAUAGUCUAGGAAAGAAAAAAAAAAAAAAGGCACAGUGAAAAUGCAGUGCAGGGUUAGGCACCUGCCAUGUGGUUGGUGCUCAGGAAAAACAAAGGCUUGCAAUGUUGCUUCCUCCUAUCUUUAAUUGGCCGGUGACUGACUGAAAAACGGGUCACAUUUGGAAUUUCUCCCUCAGAGAUUUGGAAAAGAAAAGACUAACAACUGACUUGAUCACCUGGCAUGUAUUUCUUAAUAUCUUGAUUGAGUUGAGCAUAACGAAAUAGCUUCAAACUUGAUAUCAGAAUCUCAGAGCUAGAAGGUGCUUCAAGUUAAGUGGGUCCAGCUCCCCCAAAACAGACAUUUUAUUUCACCUGUUGGACUAACACUAUUAUUACUGUGUGUAGAGUAAUACAUUAAGCACAGUGAGGUAUAAAGAGAUGUAUAAGGCAUGGCUUUUGCCUUCAAGUAGCUUAUGACCUUAUAUAUGUCUAUGGCAAAUCUGAAAGAAGUUCACCGAUGUUUUUCUGUGGGCUUAAGUCACUGAAUUCUAUGCGUAAAAGAUGUUGAAACGGUGAAUGCUUUUGUUAUACAUAUACUCACCACGAUAAAAAAUAAUUAAAAGAAUGCUUUUACUAUGGAAAUUUUCAAACAUACUAAAAAAUAAAGAAUAAUGAUCCUCCAUGUACCCAUUACAAAGCUUCAGCAAUUAUCAACAUUUUGCUAAACUUGUUUUCUAGGACUUUUCAUUACAAGGAACAUUUACAUAUUAUACAUAUUUAAAAAAAGGGAUAAGCCUGUUGCCCGUUUAGAAUUUUCUUUUUCGUAUACUUUUUUAUACUUAAAUAUCAAGCCCUCUUACUCAAAUUUCAGUUUUAUUUUGUUAAAGCCAAUUUUUUCCCCAAAUGCAGAUAUUCCUAUUUUUUUUCAAUUGAAAAAAAAAGUUGCUGUAUGUUUCCAUUUGUACAUCAUACACCUGAUGAAAUCAUCUGUUGAAUGUUGAAUGCUUUUGGUAUUCCUUUUUCCAGACUAUCCCUGGAGUAUUUAUCAUUCUGGCUUCAUUUCUCUUGUAGGUUCUCAUAUACUUUAUCAGAAUAAUUUUAAUGAUUUUAUCCCCACACUAUUAAUGCACUAUCCCCUAAAUGAUUUUACAGUUGGCAAUCGGAUGUUUUGAUGCUUCUUAGUGAACAAUUGUCUUUACACAGAUUCCAUAAUUGACCUUGGUAGCCCGUUCUGGAAUUUGAAAAGUUCCUUUUUCUUCUUGUUUAUCUGUCAUAAACCAAAAAAAAGGAAAAAACCAAACCCACUGCCGUCAAGUGGAUUCCGACUCCUAGCGACUCUAUAGGACGGAGUAGAACUGCCCCAUUGAGCUUCCAAGGAGCGCCUGGUGGAUUCAAACUGCGGACCUCUUGGUUACCAGCUGUAGUACUUAACCACUACGCCACCAGGGUUUCCUUAUCUAUCAUAAAAAAAAAAAAAACAUAGCAGCCAUCAAAUCACCUGUUAGUGUUUUCUUUUCCAAAAGCUCUGAUGCCCUGAUCCCUCAUGGAUGCUUUUGUCUACCUCCUCAUUAAUCAUGGAUAUUUCAGCAAAUAUUCAAAAAGACUAACAUAUAAGUAAGCAAAUGUAUGUCAAUAACAUUUCAUGGUGUUAGAUGCUCUGCAAUUCUACCUUGUUGUUUUUUUUUUUUCCAGCCAAAUAGAGAAGGUAAAACUUUUACUAACCUUUCCAGGAUCCCACUCUUGUGUUUUUGUUUGAAGUUGCAGAAGCUCAUAAGUUAAUUCCAAAUUUUCCAAUUCAGGUUUUGGAAACCCAGGUAGCACGUUGUGUAAUUGGAAACCAAAUAGCUCCAACCAACUUCCAAUAUCUGUGAGACACAAGAUGUAAAAGAAAAAAAAAAUUUAAAGCACAUACUUUACAAUCUUUGUUGAGAGCUUGAAAGCUGCCUUCCUAUCCUCAACGUGUUUAGGCACCGGGAAGUUAGGGAUAAAAUUCCUCCUUAUACUCCCUACUCUAAGACGUAUGAUCCUUCCUAUACAGGGAACCCUUUCAAUUUGUGGAUAACCCCAGAGAUAGGCUCAGUUUUUUUGCAAUGAAGCUUCCAGUGUGGUAGUGGUACUCAGGCUACACAGUCUGUGAUAUUCGAUUUAAUUGAUGUGACAUAAUUCUGCAUUUUUAUUUUAUGAAAUUUUUCAUAUAAGCUUUUAAGAGUGAAAAUUACACAGAGAAACAGCUUAAAAGGAAAGAAGAAAUGUACUGGGAUGCAAAAGCAUCAUGUUUUGUGCUAACUCGCACUGUUUUGCUCACUCUAGAAAACUAAGGAAGGCAGUGAAUGCACAAUACCUUGCGGGCUAACCGGCAGGAAGAGGAAGCAUAUUUACAAAGGCAUUGAGAUUCUGUGAUAAACAGCACUGAGUUAUCUCAGGUUUAGCUUAAAGUUUUAUACUGUUUACAUACCUGUGGUAUACUUUGCAACAUCUUGAAUUUUGCCAACUGGAUAGUUAUUUUCAAAGGAGUAGAGGUUGAAUGGCUUAGGAAGGAGGUUCAGCUGUUUCCAUACGUGAUGAUUAGGCGUUGUCCAUCUGCCGGCAACAACAUCAUAAUCCCGUUGCCCCAGGAGCACUAACUUUGUAAGGAAAUCAUAGAGUCCUCCAUGAAAACCAAUGAUGACCUGAAAGUCAGGGUAAGUGUCAUGAUAGAUAUCUCCAUAAGGAGUGUACAAUAUCUCUUUUAUCACCUGACCUCGGCUGCUGAACACAGCUAGUGGGGUGCCUGUAUUAUCACAGGCUACAUAAUAUUCUUCCCCACUGCUUAACUCCAUGGCAAUAAGGUGACCUUGGAGAUCAUAA